AUGGAUUCUAAAGCACGUAAACGUAUUGAAGAACUUCAUGUAUUAACAAGCGAAAUAGUUAAAGAAUAUCAUGAUAUGAAAAAUUACAAGUAUGAUUAUAAACUUUAUAGAAAAUAUAAACAAUUAAAAGAAAGAAAUAAAAAAUUACAAGAAAAAAUCAUUAAUCAACAUUGUUCUGGUUGUAAAUGUUUUAUUCAAAUAAAUGAAAACAAAAAUGAAGAUACAAAUGAAUAUAUUGUAUCUGUUGAUUCAAAAAAUUCGACAAUAAUAGAAAACAAGAAAAAAACUUCUUCAAUUAAUAGUAAAAACAACUCAGAAAGUUCAUCAGAUGAUGAAAAUGAAGAAAUGGAUACAAAUGAAAAUAUACCGAAAACAACAACAAAUGAUACAGUGAUUGAAGAAGAAGAAGAAGAAGAAGAAGAAGGUGAAUAUGAUUUAAACAUUCGACUUCGCUUGUAUCCAGCCAUAUGUCGAUAUCUAAUUAAUAAAUCACGUUCAGGAUUUGAUUAUAAACCAUCAAAAGUUACUGUUCAUUCAUUUAUUGUCGAUCAAAUUAAACCUCAAUCAAUUGAUUAUGAAAAAAUAAACUUACGUAUUCGUAAUGAAUUACUUGAAAUACAUCAAUUAUAUAUGCAAAAAUUAAUGUCAACACAAGAGAAUAAAACUCCUACAAGAAGAAGUCAACGUCAACGAAGAUCACUUUAA